AUCGUAAGCCUCCUGCCGUCGGCCUCUUUAGCAGAUCUGACAUGUGAAGCUCUCCUUAUGCUGUCAGGGAAUGUCUCAUUACAGUCCUUGGCCGCCUCCUGGAACCAAACCCUGAGCAAUGCCACAGGCCAGUGGAGCGGCUCGGGAAUCUACUGUGACACCUCCAUCGACGGCAUUGGCACCUGCUGGCCCAGGAGCAGCGCCGGCCAGAUGGUGUCACGACCCUGUCCGGAGAUGUUUUACGGCGUCAGAUACAACACCACGAAUAAUGUUUAUAGGAAGUGUCUCGCGAAUGGGACCUGGGCGCUGAAGGGGAACUACUCCAUGUGCAAGGCCAUACUUCACGAGGAGAAAAAAGGCAAGAUGCACUACCAAAUAGCUGUGAUCAUAAACUUCCUGGGUCACUGCAUCUCCAUGGUGGCCCUGCUCAUCGCCUUCUUCCUCUUCUUGUGCUUGAGGAGCAUUCGCUGCCUGAGAAACAUCAUCCACUGGAACCUCAUCACCGCCUUCAUCCUGAGGAACGCCACCUGGUUCAUCGUCCAGAUGACCAUGAGCCCCGAAGUGCACGAAAGUAACGUGAUCUGGUGUCGUCUCGUCACCGCUUCCUUCAACUAUUUCCACUCCACCAACUUCUUCUGGAUGUUCGGAGAGGGCUGCUACCUCCACACCGCCAUCGUCCUCACCUACUCCACCGACAAGCUCCGCAAGUGGAUGUUCAUCUGCAUCGGCUGGUGUAUACCAUUCCCUAUAAUUGUGGCGUGGGCCAUUGGAAAGCUGUACUACGACAACGAGAAGUGCUGGUUCGGGAAGCGGGCCGGCGUCUACACCGAUUACAUCUACCAGGGUCCCAUGAUUCUGGUGCUGGUGAUCAACUUCAUUUUCCUCUUCAACAUUGUGAGAAUCCUGAUGACCAAACUGCGAGCCUCCACGACGUCAGAGACCAUCCAGUACAGGAAAGCGGUGAAGGCAACGCUGGUGCUGCUUCCUCUGCUGGGAAUCACCUACAUGCUGUUUUUCGUCAACCCAGGCGAGGACGAGAUCUCUCAAAUCGUCUUCAUAUACUUCAACUCCUUCCUGGAGUCCUUCCAGGGCUUCUUCGUGUCAGUGUUUUACUGCUUCCUAAACAGCGAGGUAAGCACAUUCGCCUCAUUGAUUCAGCGUUUUGCCUCAGACCCUCGCCUACGUUGGGCCUCUUCGGGGCUCCUCCGCUCUCCCUUUUUGGUGCGCUCAGCUGUGAGGAAGCGCUUCCACCGGUGGCAGGAGCAGCACUCGAUCCGAGCCAGGAUGACCCAGGCCAUGUCCAUCCCCACUUCACCUUCACGGGUCAGCUUUCACAGCAUCAAGCAGUCCACGUCGCUCUGA